AAAGAGAGGUUGACCCUUACGCGUUAACAACAUAAAAAGAAAGGUUGUAAGCACACUAGCAAUCUGAUUACUGCUAUACAAACGUCCAACCUACGGCACUAAGCAAACACAUUACUAAUUCUCUAUUGAUGCAUUCAACACACUUUCGCAAAAAGUCACACGAACCGGUCAAGAAAACAAAUAGCACGUGAUGCUGGGGAAGCCUUACCCACCGCUCACGUGACAUGAGCGCUUUUGCAGGUUCUCUGUUUUUACCGGAACUGAUAGUAUAUUUUUCCGUUUAGAUUACUUUAAAAUGGAAAAGAUCGUUAAAGAUGUUGGAGAGAUCCAGUCAAGGCUGUUGGAUCACAGGCCAGUUCUUCAAGGAGAACUGCGUUAUUUUGUCAAGGAAUUUGAAGAAAAAAGAGGCCUACGAGAGAUGAGAGUCCUAAACAACUUGCAGAACAUGACUGUGGAAACAAAUGAACUUAUUCUUCCUAAAUGUUUGAAAAUCAUGCAAGAGAACUUGUAUGAAGCUUGGACUACUUUGGUAGCUACUAACCACAUGAUUCAAAGAAUCCACCAGAGAGGGCAAAAGACCCAGCAGCUACAGAAUGAAAGACUUGAAACUAGCCAUGAGACAUACAAGGCAGAAUGGGACGCCUUCAUGAAAGAACAAUCCCUCAAGCAAGCUGCUAUAGAUGAAGAACAUAAUAAAGCUGUGCAGAAACUGAAGGAACAGUAUGCAGAAAUGGAGCGAGACCUUGCAAAAAAUGCAUUUUUGUGAGACCAUACUUCUGGGAUGUGGCUGCACAGAGUGACCCAAGGUAGAGCCGUGUAACUCGUCAUUGGUGCCAUAUGCAUCUGUGGGACAGAAAUGUGUAACCUGGACCACAGGCAGCACUUUUUGACAUUAUCCAAAGAGUAAGAAGCUCAGAAGAGUCACUGAAGUUGUCCUAUCAGAGAUUGAAUAAAGAGCACUGAGCAUCAAAUGUCGGUCAGCAGUUAUCGGGCCUGUACUACAGUCUUUGCAUAACGCUUAUUUCAAAUUUUGAGUUAGACUAAAGUAUUAGCACAACGGCUUAAGGGGAAACAUCUUAUAAUGAUUUACUUCAGCACUAAAGCCAUUGCUGAAAACCAAAAGCAAAAAUGAACUUAGCAGAGAUUUAAUUGUGAAAUAAGAGUCAAUGUCUGUAUAUAAUAAAGCCUUUUCUCAGGUUUAGUUUCAGAUGCAUAAUUCUAACAAUGACUGUCUUUGUAAAUUUGUGGCUUUCUGUCAAAGUCAGAUUCCUGGCAGCAUGUUGAAAAUGUGAUUAAAGUUAGUGAAGGAGACGGAAUAAAUAUUUCAGAUUUCUUUCAAUAACAUUGAACUGCAUCCAAGUUCUUUAUCCGCUACUGUGGGCCUGACAGCUUCAUCAAUCAUCUUCAGGUACUGGGACUAAAAAGAGCAGCAGCCUGACACUGAUACAUGUUGGAAUUUGAUUAAUUCUCUGUUGUGGGUGGAAAAGUGCAGAUUGAUCCAAAAAGAAAUGAAAAUCAUAGUACUGAGAAUCCAGGAGCACCUCUAAUGAACAUCAUCAUCUUUUUCUUAGUAACAUGGUAUAUGCUUUGUCACUGUUCUGGUACAUUUAAAUUUAUGGGCAUUGAACAGUGUAUCAUCUUUCAGAAAUUCCCACAGUGAAUUCAUCACAUACGCUUUUGUAUUAAGACCAGUAAUAUGUACAUUAGCACUUGUCACUCUUGAAUGGCAACCAGAUCAGUAACAUCUGUUAAUAAACUUCAUAACAAUUAAAGAAAUCUUUUGGCACCA